AAUGACUUGUUGGCAAACUCUAACCUAACUUGAUCCUAACCUAUACGGCCUUUACGUCGUUCUGUUUACGUGUUGCUAAAUAUUUUUGUCAGUAAUAUCGCUGAGUUAAUCCAGCAAAAUGUCGGAACGGAAAGUUUUAAACAAAUACUAUCCACCAGAUUUCGAUCCGUCUAAAAUACCUCGGAUGAAAUUGGCCCGAAACAGGCAGUACACGGUACGUUUGAUGGCACCUUUCAACAUGAGAUGCAAAACUUGUGGAGAGUACAUUUACAAAGGAAAGAAAUUUAAUGCCCGCAAGGAGGAUGUUGAAGGCGAUGACUAUUUAGGAAUACGAAUUUACAGGUUUUACAUAAAAUGCACCAGAUGCCUCCAAGAGAUCAGUUUCAAGACCGAUCCCAAAAAUACAGAUUAUGAGAUCGAAGCUGGAGCAACCAGGAAUUUUAUGGCCCUGAAAUUGGCAGAAGAACAAGCGCAAAGGGAAGAGGACGAAGAGAAAGAAGAGGAGGCUACCAAUCCUAUGAAGCUCUUGGAAAAAAGGACAUUGCAAUCGAAACAGGAAUUGGAGUUGUUAGAAUCAUUGGAGGAAUUGAAAGAUUUGAAUCGUAGACAACAGACUAUCGAUUAUGAUCAGAUGUUAGAACAGUUCGACACGGAGGCAGCUAAAUUGAGGACGGAGAAGGAGCAAGAGGAGUACGAUGAACAGUAUAUUAGAUCAGUAUUUGGCAAGAAACAAUCGAAUGGAGUUGUUGUAGAAGAAGAAAUCGUAGAAUUGGAUGAAGAAGAAAGGGGUGAACCUCCAAAGAAAACAAUGAAGACCGGUAAAAAGAAGGAGAACAGUGGUAGCAGUACUUUGAAGAUAGAAAAAGAGAGCAAGAGAAACAGUGAACCUGCAAAAACCUCCGAUUCAUCUCUUUGGUCAGAGAACGUCGGAUCAUCGUCAAGCAAAAAAGGUUUAUUAGGAAUAGUUAAAAGAAAAACGAAUUUAGGUGUGAAAGUGAACUCAAGUUCCACACAAAGUAGUACAGAAAAAGAUGAAGCGCAAACUGCAGCAGGUUCUACAGACAAGACAAGUACUAACAAAUCAAGUACAAGCAAAUCAGAAACCACAGAUAGUAAAACAAGCAAUGCCAACAAUGCUUUGUCCUUAUUGGGGGCUUACUCUGACAGCAGUGAGAACGACAGUGAAUAACACAGAAUUCGAUAUUGUACAUAAAAUUUUAAUUUUAUAAAAUAAACUGUAUCUACAAACGUAUUACACAAAUAUAAAAAGGUUUCAUUGAAUAUACAUAUAUAAAUUGAAACGUACGUUCGAUUAACAAUUACAAUGAAUUUUGGAUCUAAAUUGCCAAGUCUAUGUGUAUUUCUUAUGAUUUGCAUCGCAUUGCAUCGCGCCACCCACUAAAUGCAUGGUUGCAUCAUGGAGUUAGGAUAAUCCGUUCGUGUCAGGACCUCUGAAUUUUAUUUCAUUUGUACCGACGAUGUUUAGAAAGUUCCUUACAGGAUGCUGAAGCCUUUACCCCUAGAACACACGAAACAAAAUCGAUCAGAGAUGCAACUGGGACAAUACAAAGGCUGGUCUGUUUCAAAGGCUAGGCACUUUGUAAGGAACUUUCAAAUCAACGAUACAUGAUUUUAAACACUGUAGCAGGGAGUACCUAGCCUAUUAAAUCAGACCAUGUAAACAA